GUUAAAUCGAAGCGCCAUUCAGAAGAAGCCUUCCAGCCGGCGAAACACAGUUUCGAACAAGAUCCCCCGCCCUUGGUACCUGAUCUGAUAUACCGAAUCUCGCCCAUCAUGCCUCCCAAAAAGAACGAGAAGGGCGGCAAGAAGGAUGCCAAAAAGAUUGUCGAGGACAAGACUUUUGGCAUGAAGAACAAGAAGGGUGCCGUUGCUAGGAGGCAAAUUGCUCAGCUCGAAGCCAGCUCGCUCGCCCAGCAGAAGCGUAAGGAGGCCGAGAAGAAAGCGCGCGAGCAAGAGAAGAAGGCUGCCGAGGCGGCCAAGCGGGAGACCGAGGCCCUGCUCAACAAGCCCGCCCAGGUCCAGAAAGUGCCCUUCGGCGUCGACCCGAAGACGGUUGUGUGCAUUUUCUACAAGAAGGGGAACUGCGAGAAGGGCAAAAAGUGCAAGUUCGCCCACGACCUCGAGGUCGAGCGCAAGGUCGAGAAGAAGAACGUGUAUCAGGACACGAGGGCGGAAGAGGAAGAGAAGAAGAGGCAGGAGACGUCGGCCGACUGGGACGAGGAAAAGCUUCGCUCCGUUGUGCUGUCUAAGAAGGGCAACCAGCGCACAACGACCGACAAGGUGUGCAAGUACUUCAUCCAGGCCAUCGAGGACGGCAAGUACGGCUGGUUCUGGGUCUGCCCCAACGGUGGCGAUAAGUGCAUGUACAAGCAUGCCCUUCCGCCUGGGUUCGUGCUCAAGACGAAGGAGCAGAGAGCCGCGGAGAAGGCCCUAUUGGAGAAGUCGCCACUCAAGACGCUGACCAUCGAGGAGUUCCUCGAGUCGGAGAGACACAAGCUUACCGGAAAACUGACACCGGUGACGCCCGAGACGUUUGCCAAGUGGAAGAAGGAGCGUCUAGACAAGAAGGCGGCCGAGGAACAACUGCAGAAGGCCAAGGAGGCGACUGGUCGUGCCUUGUUCGAGAGCGGCAAGUGGCGGAUGGAUGAAGAUGAGGAAUCGGAAGACGAGAACGAUGGCACCUGGAACCUCGAGAAGCUACGGCAGGAGACGGAGGCGCUCAGGAUGAAGAAAGAAGAGGAGCGUCUGGCCGCUCUGCACGGGAUUCCGACGGCGAAUAGUGAGCCCAGCGGCGUUCCAGAGGACUCGGCCGAGCCAGAAGCAGUGCCCAACACUUGAAAGGCCACCGGCAAGCACGACCUACUCACCAUGCCGAGCGGCCGGGCGAGGGCAGCGAGCCCACAGAGCGCUCCCCCUCAACUGGGCGCCCGGCGUCGGCCAUGCUGCUCGAACAUCUGGAAAGCUUUCAGUUGACGAGUGGAGUUCAAGGCUGACUCACAGGGCGGCGGCGUAUCCGGAAGCAUAUGAAGCUAGAACACACUACUUGAUCUGCUGCAAGGUCACGGGCGCAAGUUAUCGGU